AUGAAAUCACCUGGGCUCAAGGGCACACCCAGCCCCUUACCUCCUGUCCUACCUCUGGCAGCACACAUAUCCGCUUUUGUGAGCUGGCUCCUCUCUGUAUACAGCUUUUCUCAGUGGAUGUCCCUAGGACCUGGCCUCUCCAACACCCUGACGUCUCCAUUGCAACCUGGACUCUUUCUUUCACAGCUUCUUGCAGUAGCCUUUCAGGACCCUUUGGCAGAAACUCACUCUGCCACUAUUGCCCAGCCUCUGCCUGCUCCUGGGAACAACAAUCUACUUCAGGAGCUGCGAGAGCAGCAGUGGGUGUCGCAGGACGGCAGUGGGCAUUACGUGGCUGAGACCAUGGCUGGAGCUGGGAGAGAGAGUGGGAAAGCCAAGGCUAAGGCAGUAUCUUGUUCACAGAGAGCUGGACUACAGUUUCCUGUGGGCCGGAUCCACAGACACUUGAAGACUCGCACCACAAGCCAUGGACGGGUGGGAGCCACUGCUGCUGUGUACAGUGCCGCGAUUCUCACAGCUGAGGUGCUGGAGUGGGCAGGUAAUGCAUCCAAGGAUCUCAAAGUAAAGUGCAUCACUCCACAUCACCUGUGGCUUGCAAUCCGAGGUGUUGAAGAGCUGGAUUCACUCAAGGCUACCAUAGCUGGGGGCAGUGUGAUCCCGCAUAUCCACAAAUCUCUGAUUGGAAAGAAGGGACAGCAGAAAACUGCUCAGGAAGUGAUUUAA